AUGAUUUUAAUAAUAAAAACGGACGUCGCGUUGGUUUUAUCUGGUACAGCGUUGAAUGUUUGUCUGCAGUAUUAUGAAUCUGAAGUGGCCGAGCUGGUAUGUGGAUGUACGGCAGUAGUGUGUUGUCGAUGUUCACCAGAGCAAAAAGCACAGAUCGUGAAUCUGUUGAGGAAGUAUCGUGCACCGUUGCGAGUUGCUGCGGUUGGGGACGGAGGAAAUGAUGUAUCGAUGAUACAGGCAGCACAUGCGGGCAUU